GAUCAAAAUAAUGCAAUCGGAAUUGCACAUGGAUGGCUGACAACCCAUCAAGCAGGGCCCCAGUUCCCUCAUCAUGUGCCCUUUUCCUUCCCUUCUGGCCAGUUUCCUUCCUUUGAAUGGUUCAAUAAUGCAUGUCAAUCAUGCGCGUUUCCAUACCCUUUUUUACAGUUUCCAUCACCUAUUUCCUUUUUUUUCGUUGUUGUACCGAAACUGCCCUCCAGCUGGAUCUCCGGAAUCGGGUUAAUGGUUCUGUGUCGGUGUGUCCCACGCCUCACUUAAUCUCUCGUUACACUCAGGCUCCUCCAUCUUCCAAUACUGUCACUCUUUCUCAUCCCUCACAACUCUCUGCCUCUCCACCCAUCUGUCCCCCUUUGCAACUCUCCCUUCUCCCUCUCGGCAAAACCUUCUGCAUCACCUCCAAACACCACCCAAACUCACCCAAAAAUCAACGGGGUCAAGGCGGUGGAGAAGUGGGUUAAUGGUUCUGUGUUCUUCUUGAUAAUUAUAAUAACGAUGCACUCAUACAACGUUCUCUAUCUAGCUAAGAAUGUUGGUAGUGGUGAAGUCCUGCUGAAUUGCUAAAAAAAGGUCCUCUCCAAUUGGUUUGAACCAAACUCCAAUCCCAAAACAAAACGAAAAAAAAACCACUAGAACAACCGAUUUGUAUUGAUGCUCCAAGAAACGUAUAUAUUGAAGAGCAACUCACUUCAUCCAUAACCAACAGAGCUAAGGGCAUGGAGAUUGUUAGUCUAAUUGUCAGAAUAGUUGACAAGUAUGCAGUUGAACCAGCUAGACACCAAGUGGGUUACCUAACUCACUGCAAAAGCAAACUUGAGAAACUACAGACUGAAGUGGACAAAUUAAGUGCCGCUAGAGAGCGGCUAGUGCUCAAGGUUGUAGAAGCUGAAGAAAGAGGUGAAACAAUCCACACUGAUGUACAGAACUGGCGGAAAGACGCGGAUAAGAUCACCGAGGAAGCGAACGAAUUACGGAAGCCUGAUACGCAAGCAAAGAUGAGCUGUCUCCGUGGGGUUUGUCCAAACCCGGUGCUCCGAUACAAGCUAGGCAGGACAUCAACAAAGUUGAAGCAGGCGGUUGUUGAACUCUACGCAAAAAUAGAUUUCUCUAGCAUUUCGUACAAUGUCCGCCCACAAGAGGUAUCCAUGGUAUCUGACAAACAUUAUGAGGCAUUUGAUUCGAGGAUUUCAACUGUAAAGGAAAUCAUGGAUGAACUGAGAAUUCCUAAUACCGACCUGAUUUUGGUGUAUGGUAUUGGAGGCGUGGGGAAGACCACACUGGUUGAACAAGUCCUUAGGCAAGCUGUAAAAGAAAAGUUAUUUGCUGAUGCGGUUAUGGUAAGAAGUGUGCAAAAUCCGGACCUUGAAGGAAUUCAAAAAGAAAUUGCCAGAAAGUUGGGUAUGGAAGUUCAAGAAAGCGAAACUAUGUCAAUAAGAGCACUUCAUCUAUGUGACAGGGUAAAAGACAAGAAAGUUCUUGUAAUUUUAGACAACAUUUGGGAAAGCAUUGACUUGGAGGCGGUAGGACUUCCUUGUCUGCCGAAUUGUAGAAUACUUUUGACAUCCAGAACUCGAAAACUGCUAUCUUCAGAGAAGCGGUUGCAAAAAGACUUUGAGCUUCAAGUUUUAAACGAGAAAGAAGCUUGGCGUUUAUUUGAGACGAAAGCAGGUGAUGUUGUUAAAAAUCCCGACAUACGAACUGUGGCAACCGAUGUCGCCAAAAAAUGCGGAGGUUUGCCACUUUUGGUUGUCACAGUCGCAAGCUCUUUAAGAAAUAGAAGUACUUUACCAGUAUGGAAGAAUGCCUUCGGUCGCCUGAAAGUGUUUGACAACGAAGACCCAGCCGAACAAGAAGCAUACUCGGCUUUAGAAUGGAGUUACAAUCAAUUGGAUGAUCAAAAGAAACGACUAUUCUUGGUCUGUGGAAUUAUGGUAAAUCACUGGGGAUGGGCUGAUCUGACAGACUUAUUGAAAUAUACAAUUGGUUUGGGUUUGUUUAGGAACAUCGAUUCAGUGGAGGACACACGAUAUGCAUUGCACGCGUGGAUUGAAGAGCUUAAAGAUUCUGGUUUGUUACUCGACACCGAGGACGAUACCUAUAUCACAAUGCAUGAUUUGUUACGUGAUGUUGCCAUCUCGAUUGCAUCCAAAGGCCACCGUGCCUUACUAAGAUCAGAAGGAGAUGUCUUGAAGGAAUGGCCAAACAAUAAGGAUUUUUCUGAAAAUUGCACAAUGAUCUCUUUGUCUUGCAAAAACAUCCCUAGGAUUCCUGAAGUUUUGAAAUGCCAACAACUGGAGUUUUUGCACUUUAAUGGUUACUUGCUUGAAAUCCCAGGUAACUUCUUUGAGGAUAUGAAAGAGCUUAAAGUUAUGGAUUUAACCAAGGCGUGUAUUUCGUCGCUACCUCCAUCUCUUCAUCUCUUACAAAAUCUUCGGACAUUGUGUUUGGAUCAAUGCAUGUUGGGAGACAUAACUCUAGUCGGACAGCUAUUGCAACUAGAAAUUCUCAGCUUUAUACAUUCCGAGUUUGAAGAGUUGCCUGAAGAAAUAGGGAAAUUGACUCGUCUUCGACUGCUGGAUUUAAGGAACUGCCAUGAUCUCAAAGUGAUUUCACCUAAUGUUAUAUCACGUUUGACAAGUCUAGAAGACUUGAGAAUGAAAUACAGCUUCAACGGAUGGGUGCCCGAAGGAGUAACCGGAGAAAGAAGUAAUGCUAGCCUUUCAGAACUGAAGGACUUGCCUCGUUUAGCUGCAUUAAGCAUACAUGUUCCAGAUGCUGGCAGUAUUCCGAGGGACUUGUUCACUGACAAGUUAAAAAGAUACCAAAUAUUAAUCGGUGCUUCGUGGGAAUGGGACACUGUGCGUGAAACCCAAAACACAUUGCAGCUAAAGCUCCCAACUGGCUGUGAAUUGGACCAUGGUCUAGAAAUGUUGUUGAAGAGAUCAUGUGAAUGUUUGUAUUUGGAUGGGUCGGAGGGAGCUGAUAAUGUUGCGUACCACUCAGGUAGUGAAGAUUUUCAACAACUCAAGCAUCUCCAUGUCCAAAACAAUGCCCAAUAUACGCAUAUCAUUACUGAGGAGGUUGUGUUGCGAAACUUAAUAACCUUGGUGGUGCGUGAUUGUAAUAGUUUAACUUUUGUGUUAUCGUCUUCCAUGGCUGGAAAUCGUGUAUCAAUGGAAGAGAUAGUGUCAACAAAAGAAUAUGGUUGUUCUGCAUUGAAGGGUAUAGGCUCAUCUGCUAUUUCCUUCCAGAAUUUAACAACUUUGGAAGUAGUUGGUUGUUGCAACUUGAAAUAUUUAGCAACAUAUACGAUAGCCAAAACUUUAAAGCGGCUAAGAGCAAUGAGGGUUGGGAGAUGUGAAAGAAUGACAGAAAUAGGGGCAACGACAUCAGAUGGAGAUGAUGCAGGAAAUGAUGGUGAGAUUUCUUUUUGCCAGUUGAAAAGUUUGAGCCUUUCCUCUCUACCAAGUCUGCAAGAUUUCUUCUCUGGAAAUUGCAUUGUCAAAUUCCCAUCCUUGAAAACUGUAAAUAUAUACGAAUGCCCUAAGUUGAAGAUUAACAGCUUUGAGUGGAAGAGUUCCCCAGAACUACAAGGAGUACAGAUAACAGAAGAUUAUUUGGGGUGGUGAUGAGGAUGAAGAUGAUGACUGUUGAUGCAGAUGAUGGUGUUGGUGAGGAUGACAAUGUUAAUGAUGACGGAAGAUAUGAUGAUUCUAACAAAGAGAGCGAAGGUGAUGCAGAUGUUGCUGAUGGAUCGUGGUGGUCGUGGCAAAACUACACUCAAUACAUAUAAAGAAUUAACUUUGCUGCAUAGUUAGUUCUCUUGUUAACAUGUUUGUUAUUUCUGUGUGUAAUGGUUUUGGGUUUUAACCAAGACAAUCUUCUGCCCAUUUUAAAUUAAAUUUCGAAUAAUUUAAAAUAAUUUUUUGCUUGA